AUGGACGUCUUCGUUCGCAACAUUGAUGCGAAAUUGACUAAAGCGAAAGUCGAAUUGGUCUUGAGACCGGUGUUAGAGGAGCUCGACAUACCAAUAUUUGAGAUCACCAAACCACAAGGAAAGCCGUUCGCCUUCAUCACUUUCCCUAGUGUCGCCAAGGGUCAGCGCCUACUCGACAAAGCAGCAUCGACUCCACGUCUCUUCGUCUCACUCUCUGGUAAACUAGCGACCUUCCAGCGCAGUAAAAAAGCACCUGAUCCUCUGGCGGUCAAAGCGCUUAUCAGAGACGAGAAGGAGGCCGGCCGCAAAGCAUGGCAGAGAUCUGCGAGAGACGCCGCAAAGACCGACGCCGCGAAAGCAGAACUUCCUGCACUUCGACGUGCCACGAUCACGCAUUUCAGAUGCGGCCAGUGGGAAACCAGCGCCAAAACUCAGAAGCGUGUCUUCGUUCCAUAUCACGAGCAGGCAGUGUCUGGCACAUACAGAAAGACCGAACACAAUCUGCUUCUUCAGCUUUCCUUCCACCCUGGACUUACACAUGAGAUCGAGAUCGAUCGCGCCGCGAUUACAUCCAUAGCUGUGUCCACUGAACGGGGAAUGAGCACUCUUGCUAUCACACUAUGGCUGCAGCCCAAGAUAUUCGAGCGCUCCGGGGGAUCUGAGGAUGACCUAGCAGAUCUACUUCAGCAACUCGGGCUCACAAAGUUCACUCCGGCAAAAAAGAAAAUUCGCUGUGCCUCCUUACCUGGUCGGAGCGUGGCCAACGUUGGCGGCUGCAUGACAUACAUGCUCGUGUUCUCCGGCAAGAUCGGCGGCUUGCAACAGAACAUGGCUUCUCUGAUGUCCUUCCAAGUACCAGUCAUCACUACCUCCGCCACGAUGACUUCGCCCACACUGGGCGACCUCCCUGCUAACAUUACAGCCCUCAAUGCAGAUAUUGCCCGCCUUCGAUUCGGAUAUAGCGUGAGGUUUCAAAUUCAAGCAUUAUGGACCAAUGGCACGCUGUCUCCUGGUGAGGUCGCGAGACUUCUCCCAGAUAUACUGCACUUGCAGCGCACUGCUGGCGAGAAGGCAACCAUCAAGGCACUGAAAUGGAUACUUCUUCAUUUCGCACCCACUGAUGCCUCUCCCGAUUCUGCUGGAAACGGCCUGGCGGCAGCAAAGGCUAGUCUGGACAGCUAUGGACGGAUGGGCUACUCCGAAAAGGAUGUUCCGCAAGGCCGAGACGAAGUCUUCAUUCAUCGGGUAACCGUCACCCCCACGGGGUUGCGUCUCUUCGGCCCGGAGCUGACCGCCGCCAAUCGAAUACUCCGAAAGUACAGAGAGCAUGCAGAGUGCUUCAUUCGUGUUGUCUUCACAGAUGAGGAUGAAGAACGUGUUGCAUUCUCAAGAGAGAUCGACAACGAUGCAAUCUUCAUGGGUCGAUUCCUCACGCUUUUGCAGAAUGGUAUCGAUAUCGCUGGCUUCAGGUUCGAAUUUCUCGGGUUUUCCCAUUCGUCGCUCCGAUCACAGACAUGCUGGUUCAUGCGUCCAUUCAUACAUGACGGUCAGCUCAUGUAUGCUCGGACUCUCAUAGAUCAACUCGGUGACUUCAGUGCCAUUCGCUGUCCCGCGAAGUGUGCGGCACGCAUAGGCCAGGCGUUUUCUGACACGACCAGAGCAAUUCGAGUCGAUUCGCGCGUCGUCUCAGAGCACGAUGAUGUUCGAAGUGGCAGACAUGUUUUCACGGAUGGUUGCGGAACUAUCUCUCCAGCUGUGUGGAGUCUGUUGAAAGGCAACUACGCCAGAGGGGAUCCUACUUCGUACCAAAUUCGUUACAAGGGCUCAAAAGGGAUGCUGACGCUGGAUACACGAUUGCAGGGGCAGCAAAUGAGACUCCGGCAUUCGAUGAUCAAAUACAGCGGCAGUCCUUUAGACGAUGUUGAGAUCUGCGGUCAUAACGGUCGACCAUUGCCAUUGAAGCUGAACAGACAGCUCAUCAAGAUUCUUGAAGACCUUGGUGUGGAGGCAAAGCACUUCAUGGUGUUGCAAAACCGAGCAAUCGAGCGUCUGCGUCUCAGCGCCCUUUCCCGAGAGAUGGCUAUUGAAUUCAUCAUGAAGAAUUUUUCCGAUGGCUCAGGAGGACUCCCCAGACUACUCAAGAGUCUCCGAUUGAUCGGCGUGGAUCUGGCAGAAGAUGACUUCCUUCGCGAGAUCCUAGGAGCACUGAUCCAGAUCGAGCUUCGCGAACUCAAAUACCGCACUCGCAUCCUCGUCGAGAAUGGCCUGACAUUGUAUGGCAUCUCGGACGAGACACAGUGGUUGCAAGAGGGCCAAGUCUUCGUCACAGCCACGGAAGAUGAUGAGCCAGAGGUAAUCACAGGCAGGUUGGUCGUCACACGAUCGCCAGCCCUGCAUCCAGGGGAUGUUCAGGUUGUGACGGCCGUUGAGCCACCAAAAGAUUCACCUCUGUGGAAUCUGCGGAACUGCGUUGUUUUCAAUCAGAAAGGCGCUCGUGACCUGCCAAGUAUGCUGAGCGGAGGCGAUCUCGACGGCGACUUGUACCAUGUGAUAUACGACAAGGAACUCAUGCCCAAGAGACUCAGCACCGCUGCAGCGUACGAGCCGGCCGAGGCUAUCGACAUUGGACGCCCAGUCACAGCCAACGACAUGACAAAAUUCUUCAUCGACUUCAUGCAAAACGAUCAGCUCGGCCGCAUAGCAACUCUGCAUCAGGUCAUCGCGGACACUUCCGAGGAAGGAGUUUUCGAUAAAAGUUGCCUCCUCUUGUCGGAGCUUCACUCGACUGCGGUUGACUUCUCGAAGUCUGGAGUCGCCGUCGACGUUACAAAGAUCCCAGCCGCAAAACGUUAUCGGCCAGACUUCAUGGCUCCAAGUGCGAGUACAAAAGUCGAACGAGGCAUCAAACGAGAGACCUUGGAUGCGCCAUUAGGAGACAGCAGUGGUGGGUACAGAUACUACGAGUCCGACAAAGUCCUUGGCCAAUUGUUCCGCGCGAUUGAUGAGGAUCUCUUCUUUCAGGAUAUCGAAGAUGACACAACCUCAAUCUUCAGCACUGACGCAUCCAACAACGUUUUGGCUGAGAUCUUAGACUGGGCUCGAUCGCGCAUCAGCCAGACCCACGUCAAUCAACAUCUACAGCACGCCCGAGAGGUCCGAGACUACUACGAGUCGAUCAUCUACGAUUUCAUGUCAUAUUACGCCAUUCGUCGCACAGAUGCCCUCACUGAGAAAGAGGUGUUUAUCGGAACGAUCAUGGGCCGCCAAGGAAGUAUGAGCAAGAAGCAACGUGAGUGGUCCGAGGACAUGAAAGCGAGGUUCGGGUGGGAGUUGAGAGACAUCAAAGGGUGGAUGCAGGAGCGAGUGCUCGAGGACGAAGAGGACAUCACUAACAUGGCGGUUGCCUGUUUGCAUGUUGCCGUGCAUGAGCAGAGCGAGCUGGCCAAGAAGGAGGAGCUGAAGAGCUUCGGCUGGUUCGCGGCUGGACUUUGCAUGCCGGAGAUCAUUAGCUGGAAAUGA